AUGGUAGACGCCCCUCUGCACAAUCCACUUGUGGUGGUCGGGGGCGGGGAAGGGGCGGGACCUAGCCCCCUCCCUCCUCCUUCUUACUGCGGAGAGCUGCAGAGCCAACCCGCACUCGCUGCGAGCUCUGAGCUGCGAACUGCAGCUGCGCUGCACGCAGUAAGCCAGCCACUUGCGCUGCCGAGAGAACCCGCACCAGUCUCCGAUAGCGUCGAAGCGAGCCAUUCCGCGCUCGCUUCCUUUUCAGCUUUCAAGCUGGACGGGGAUCCUGGACAGCCACGUAGGCAUGCUCAACACUGGAAGAAAAAGCGCAGCAGCCGGAGACGGGCCGCCAGCAGCCAGGCAAGGGACACGUCGCAGCUAAGUACGAAUGUGGGUGACUCCAGCCCUCCGGAGUCCCCUAUGCCUCCGGUCCAUAGCCGCCCUACGGUUCUGAUGCGGGCUCCCCCCGCUUCCUCCCGGGCUCCUCCGGUCCCUUGGGAUCCACCUCCAGUGGACUUGCAGGCUCCCCUGGCUACUUGGCAGGCUCCUCAGCCUACCUGGGAGGCUCCAGAGGGCCAGCUGCCUGCCCCAGUGGCUCAGCUGCCCCAACCCCCUGCCCUAGGGGCCCCAAUGGUCCAGGCUCCGCCGCUGGGGGGGGCGAUGGCCAAGCCUCCAACUCCUGGAGUCUUGGUGGUCCAUCCGCCUCCUCCGGGAGCCCCAGUGGCCCAGCCAUCAACUCCGGGAGUCCUGAUGCUGCACCCGGGGGCCCCUUUGGCUCAUCCUCCUCCCCCAGGAACCCCAAUGGCACACCCUCCUCCUCCACCACCUCCUCCUCCUCCUCCUCCACCUCCUCCUCCUCCCCCGCCCCCUCCUCCUCCUCCUGGGACCCCGAUGGCGCACCCUCUUCCUGGGACCCAAAUGGCCCAUCCUCCUCCUCCUGGGACCCCUAUGGCCCAUCCUCUUCCACCUGGGAACCCGAUGGUGCAUCCUAUCCCUCCUGGAACAACGAUGGUUCAUCCACCCCAACCUGGAACUUCGCUGCCGCAAGCUCCAAUUCCGGGGACGCCGAUGGCCCAGCCACCAACUCCGGGAGUCCUGAUGGCCCAGCAGCUGUCACCGGGAGUCCUGAUGGUCCAGCCUCCUGCUCCAGGAGCUCCGAUGGUCCAGCCUCCUCCACCGCCUGCCUUGAUGUCCCAGCCGCCAGCUUCGAUGACUCCGAUGACUCCGAUGGCCAAGCCUCCAGGUCCUGGUGUCAUGAUGAUCCAUCCUCCAGGUGCCAGAGCUCCAGUCAUUCAGCCUCCAGUGUCAGGAGCACCGAUGGCGCAGCCAGUGUUGCCCCCAGGGCAGCCUCUGGCUUCGUGGGCCCCGCAGGGUCAGCCUUUGAUCCUGCAAAUCCAGUCUCAAGUCAUAAGAACUCCUCAACAGGUUCCCCCUGUCCCAUCAACACCACAGGUGCAGCUGGGCACAUCCCCAAGCUGGCAAGCCACCACACCCAACUGGCAGGUGACACCCCAGGGGUGGCAGGGCACGCCCUUGACCUGGCAAGCCUCACAGGUCACAUGGCAGGCCCCCACAAUAGCCUGGCAGGCCUCUCCCCCUGUCCGCCAAGGGCUCCCACCUAUUCGUCCUGCUCCCCCACCCAUUCGACCUGGACCACCUCCAAUACUCCGCCAGAUGCCACCUGUGAUCCGUCAUGCCGCACCAUUGAUUCGGCAAACCCCACCACUGAUUCGCCAGGUCCCUAUCAGAACAGCUUCACAUGGCAUAGCAGGCCAGCAUCACCUCUGGCAAGUCCUGCCACCCCCACCUCCAUUGCGCCAGGCUCCACAGACUCGUCUGCUGAUCCCCAGGAUGCCAGGGGCACCCCACGUGCCCACAGCACCACAAGUUACUCAGAUACAUCUGGUGCCACAGGCGGGCCCACAGGUGCCCCAGACAGUGCUACCAGCACCACUGUCUAUCCCAAUUCCUAUGCCACACGCUGCCCAUCACUCUGUUACCCGAGGUGUGCAUUGCCCAUCCAUCAUCUGGCAGGCCCCCAGAGGCCAGCCCCCGGUGCCACAGGAGCUCCAGGUGCCACGGGAGCUCCAGGUGCCACGGGAGCUCCCGGUUCCACAGGAGCUUCCGGUUCCACAGGAGCUCCAGGUGCCACAGGAGCUCCAGGUGCCACAGGAGCUCCAGGUGCCACAGGAGGUCCAGGUGCCACAGGAGGUCCAGGUGCCACAGGAGGUCCCGGUGCCACAGCAGCUCCAGGUGCCACAGGAGCUCCAGGUGCCACAGGAGGUCCCGGUGCCACAGCAGCUCCAGGUGCCACAGGAGCUCCCAGUGCCACAGGAGCUCCCAGGGCCAUUGGAGUUCCAGGAGGUACAGCAGCCCCAGGCAAUGGGCUGGCAGGCACCCAAGGUACCCACUCACUUCUGGCAGUCUGGGCCUGCCCAGGAGGCCCAGGAGCAGGGCCAUGUAGAGCAGCAGCAGCAACCCUUUCGGGGAGCUCCAGCCUCAUCCAGUGCCAGGCAAGCCCACCUGCCAACCCACCAGGCCCAGCCCACAGGCCUGCAGGCAGAACUGCCCUCAAUACAAGUGCAGCCUUCUUGGCAAGGUCCACCCCCGACCUUGCAGGCCCAGCCAGGAGCACCCAGAGCACCAACAAAUUUUCCCAGGGGCCCCACUAGAUCACACAUGACUCCAUCAGGAGAACCUGGCCCCUCAUCUGCAGAGCCUCGGGGCCCUCCUAGGGAUCGUAGGACCUCUGGAAGAGGCAGAAAGGGCCCCCCUAAAGAGCGCAUGAUCAUUGGUGCCACCGUCUGUGCUCCAAGGGCAGCAUCAGCUUCCAGGGCAUACCUGCCAACUGCCUGGAGAAACGUGCCUGCCACAUCAGAGACCUUAAAUGCCACCUCGAGGGUCUUUCCAUCUACCUCUCAUUUUCAGCCUGCCUCUUCUGAUGCCUUUAGAGGUCCACCUGCCACCUCUGAGAGCCCAAAGUCACUGCCAUUGCCUCUGCAGGAUCCUUAUACCUGUGUAGAGGCCGUUCCUGCAGUUCCCUGGGUUCCAUAUGCUGAUGUGAAUGCCUCAUCAGCAUGCAAUGCAGUGCCCACCAUCCUGAUGGUGACAGCAGCUGCCCCCCAGGCAAGUGCCACCGGCGCAGAGGCCUCCAAGUCUGCAGAGCCACCACGGAGAUCCGGCAAAGCCACCAGGAAGAAGAAGCAUCUGGAACCCAAAGAGGAGGACUGUGGCCAGAGGAUGGCCUCGCGUGACUGUGACUGGCGGGGGCCCAGACCCUGUGAGAAUCCCAGGCAGAGUGACUGGGAGGUCCAAAGGGCUAUGCAGCUUCUGGGGGAACAGGAACCCCUCUUCACUCCACAGGGUCUUAAUAGCUGGGGGUGCCCCAAUAACUCUAGGAUGACAAGGGGCUUCGAUGGCCCCAGUACUUCACAGGAUCAGAGGUUCUGUGGAGGCUCAGGGGGGUCUCAGGCAUGGAUGGUCUCUGAGGUCCCAAGUGUCUCACGGGGACCCAGUGCUACUCAGGAGGACCCCAAUGGGGAGAGUCCCUUAGAUGAGAGAGCAAAUGCUUUGGUGCAGUUUCUCUUGGUCAAGGACCAAGCCAAGGUGCCAGUCCAGCUUUCAGAGAUGGUAAAUGUUGUCAUCCGAGAAUACAAAGAUGAGAGCUUAGACAUCAUCAGCCGUGCCAAUGCUAAACUAGAGAGCAACUUUGGGUGCCAGCUGAAGGAAAUUGACCCCAGGACCCACACUUACAUCAUCGUCAAGACGGGCCCCCCCCAGUGCAAUAUGAUGGCACCCUAUUUAGACAGGCCAAAGUUCAACCUCCUGAUGGUGGUCCUUAGCCUCAUCUUUAUGAAAGGCUACUGUAUCAGGGAGACUCUGCUCUUUAACUUUCUGUACCAAUUAGGACUGGAUGUCCAUGAGACGAGUGGUCUUUUCAGAAGUACGAAGAAGCUCAUCACCAGUGUGUUUGUGAGACACAGGUACCUAGAGUACAGGCAAAUCCCAUUCACUGAGCCAGCAGAAUACGAGCUUCUCUGGGGGCCCCGCGCGUUUCUCGAGACCAACCGAAUGCACAUCUUGAGGUUUCUGUCCGCACUCUAUGAGAACCAGGCCCAGACCUGGACAUACCAGUACCUUGAGUCGUUGUCAGAGUUAGAAUACAGGGACACAAACGACGAGCCUGAUGACAGCGAUGAUGAUUCCCAUGACCCCACCAGCACUCCCCAUCCUCAUUAAUAGGUUUUUAUUUCCCAAGACAAUCUUAUCCCUGUGGGUACCAGGCCAAAGGCAACGGACAAUGGGGGGGAGGGGGGACAUUGUGCUUACUGGUGUUUUUGUGAUUGUUCUGUGUGUGUAACUUUGAAUUUUCAGCCUCCUUUUAUAUUUGCCAAAGCUUUUGUACACUUGUAAG